AUGGGUCAGGGAGGCUCAGCAGAAGCUCCGCACUUGUCCCUCGAGCAGCUCAACCACAAGCUCGCGCAACGCUUCGCCCAAAAGUCAUACACGCCCCUUGAGCUCUACUGCUUCAAUUCGGUCUUCCGGUCGCUCGCCGAUACCGAAUCUGGGGUCAAGUACUGGAGCGAAUCUACGCUAUGUCGCUUCCUCGAGCUGCCCGAUUCCCUAGCUGUGGGACCCAUCCUAUUUCAGAUGAGCAGCUACCUCGGCGCAUUCCCGUUCCCAAGCCAGGCCCCGGCGAUACUCACGUAUGAAGCGUUGCUGAAGGUCGUCACAAUACUCACGGAGAGAUAUGGCGCGGUGAUCAAGAAGAGAAACAGGGAGUUAUGGUUGAGGGAACUGUAUCGAAGUUUGGCAGUGCAUGACAGGGGGCUGAGGCCGGAUGAUGGAGAUACUGGACAAGACGAGAAGCCAGAAUCACAGCCUGGUGGUGGUGGGAGCCAAGGCUUCGCGAUUGAUGCCCCAGAGGAAGGCGGAGAGGAUGACGAGGACGACGAGCUUGUCCUCGCAGCUUUGGACUAUAUGGACGCAGACGAAGUGUUCAAGCACGGCGAGCACUCUGACGUGCGUCACUCUAUCAUUCCGACGGACAACUUCCUGAAACUCGUCGAGCUUCUGCUUUUAAUUGCGCCAAUUGACGCGCAAGAAAGUCUGUCUUCAUUCACGGGCGAGCUGACGGCUGAGAGAAAGGAGAACCUCAGACGGACAGCGAGUGGCAUCCUAUCGUCUUUCGGCGUUUCGACAACACAACCCGGCAUCACUUACCGAACCUUCAACACUGUCGUCUCCUCGUGCCUUCCCUACCUCUUCAACGGCCUGAACCCCCUCUUCGAACAUUUUCUCUUCGCAAAAGACUUCGAUCUCUCCAAGCGGAAACCCGGCUCCUCUAGCCCGACCGUCGAAAAGCACCCAGUAAUACCAGCACCUAAGCCUGUGCUUGACCCUGUCCUUCGUGAUCCGGGAGAAAUCCUUGACCUGACAACACUAAGCCAGCUAUCCUUCUUUCUCAGAGGCAGUGACCUCUUCCGCCGCCUGCGCCCACUAUACAGCGGCAACACCCACGGCUUUAGCAUGGGCUCCUUCGAAAAGCAGUCCUUCCACUGGCGCGCCCCCACCAUCCUGCUCGUCUCAGGCCGCCUCCUCCCCGCCGAGCCCUCCAGCACGCGCGAACGCGCAUUCGCAGACUCACUGCCUCCAAAACGAUACCCCUCCUCCGUAACCCCUGACACAUCUUCAUCGGAUCAAAUCAUCACAUUCGGCGCCUACAUCCCCGCGCAGUGGAAACUCACGCACAAAGGCUGCUUCGGCGACGCCUCCACCGUCCUCUUCCAACUCUCUCCUGUGCACGACGUCUUCCACGCGUCUAGCUACAGCGAAGACUACGUCUACUUCAACCGCCCGCCGACGCACCCUUCGGGUCUCGGUCUAGGCACGCCCGUCCCACGCCAAUCCGCCUCCUCCAGCACGCACAGCCACGCUAUCUUCCGCCCUGGCCCGGUGAGUCUGCAUCUCGACGACGCGCUCGAGUUCGGCGUGUUUACGCAUCUGGCUGAGGGUGGUGGGUCGUUUCAUCCUUCGCGGCUCCCCGUGAGGAAGAGCAAGAAUUGGCAGGAUAGGUUUGAGAUUGAUAGCUUGGAGGUUUGGGGCUGUGGAGGGGAUGAGGUGGCUGAUGCGCAGAGGAAGGAGUGGGCGUUCCAGGAAAGAGAGGCGGAGGCGAGGCGGAGGAUUAAUCUAGGGACGGGGGAUGUUGAUGCGGAUAGGGAGUUGUUAAAGAUGGCGGGCUUGGUGGGGCAGGGGCAUAGUGGCGGGAGUGUUUGA